ACCGUGAACACAGCGUAGUCCUCGGCAGUGAGAUCUGGGCACCGCAGCCGCUUUCAAAACGAGCAAGAAAACGUGCGUCGAUAUUCAGUGCAACAGUCGCGCGGUUUAGGCUAUACUUUAAAUUGGGUGGCCAGAAAUGCUGUCCCAGUAUGCGGGCACGCUGGCCCUUGGCGGCCGGCUGGUUUGCCAAGGCGCCGCGGCGAUGUCGACACAGCUGGCGCGGCGUUAUGGCGGUGUUCCCGAGGGCUCGUUCCUGUCGGACAAGCAAAAACAGUUGAUCGAGCGGGAGGACAAGUUCGGGGCUCAUAACUACGCGCCCAUCCCCGUGGUCCUCGACCGCGGCGAGGGUGUGUUUCUGUGGGACGUGGACGGCAAGCGGUACUACGACUUCCUUUCUGCAUACUCGGCCGUAAACCAGGGCCAUUGCCAUCCCAAGAUUGUGGAGGCCCUCACGUCCCAAGCCGGAAAGCUCAGUCUCACCUCCCGUGCCUUCUUCAACGACGUACUGGGUGAGUACGAGGAGUACAUUACUCGGCUGUUUGGGUACGACAAGGUGCUGCCGAUGAACACCGGCGUGGAGGGCGGUGAGACCGCCAUCAAGCUGGCCAGGCGCUGGGGCUAUGAUGUUAAAGGUGUGCCCGCAAACUGCGCGAAGGUCCUGUUUGCUCGCGGCAACUUCUGGGGCCGCACCAUGUCCGCCAUCUCCACCUCGUCAGACCCGUCCAGCUACGGCGGAUUCGGCCCAUUCAUGCCGGGCUUCGAGGUCAUCCCCUACAACGACCUGGGCGCGCUGCAGGCCAAACUGGAGAGCGACCCGCACAUUGUGGCGUUCAUGGUGGAGCCCAUCCAGGGCGAGGCGGGUGUGGUGGUGCCGGACGAGGGCUAUCUGUCCGCCGCACACCGGCUGCUGAAGAAGCACAACGCGCUGCUCAUCGCGGACGAGGUCCAAACGGGUCUGUGCCGCACGGGCCGCAUGCUGGCGUGUGACUGGGAGGGCGUCAAGCCCGAUAUCCUGGUGCUGGGCAAGGCGCUCAGUGGCGGCAUGUACCCAGUGUCUGCGGCCCUGGCGCGGGACGAGAUUAUGCUGACCAUAGGGCGCGGGCAGCACGGCUCCACCUACGGCGGCAACCCACUGGCAGCCAAGGUGGCCAUGGCUGCGCUGCAGGUGCUGCAGGACGAGAGGCUGGCUGAGAACAGCGACCGACUCGGCGGCAUCCUGCGCGACCGCCUGGCCGCCAUCCCCUCUAAGAUGGUCAAGUCGGUCCGAGGCAAGGGCCUGCUGGACGCGCUGGUCAUCGACGAAUCUCACGGCGUGUCCGCCUACGACGUGUGCAUGCGGCUGAGGGACAACGGACUGCUGGCCAAACCCACACAGAAGAACAUCAUUCGCUUCGCGCCGCCGCUGGUAAUGACGGAGCCGCAGCUUAAUGAGUGUGUGGACAUCAUCCAGCACACGAUCACCUCUUUUGGCGUGUAGUCGCACACAGGUAGAGACGUAGGUGCUAGAGAACAUUACAUGGGUGCGCAAAUGGGGUUGCGGUGCCAUCAGGCCCAGCAAGCCGUGUGCCAGUGAUGCGGUCGGCCAUUGUUUGUUGGCCCUUCAUAAGACAGCAUGCAACUGGGUCACCGCCAGUGUGGCUCAAGAGUCCAAGACUGGGAGAUGAGAGCUGAUGAGUGCGUGUCAUUGCACGAGGGGGAGCAUCACUGCCAUAUACAGUCUGCAUACCAAUGCGAGGACAUGGGAGAAAGGUAAGGCGGAAGGGUAACCCAGCUUUGCGCUGCGGUGUGUAAACGAGGUGUUGGGUCGGGUCGGGUCGGGUGCGGAGAAGCAUUCAUCGAGUGUGAGUCGGUGUCUGAUGCAGUUGGUAUACGUUAUGGGCCAUUGUGUCUCAGGGCAUGCUGGCUGAUGUAACUUGACUUAAGGAUGGGGCAGGUGCAUACCGUAGCGUUUCAAUGCAACCGCAGUGUGUGGUUGGUGAGAUGACGCGUGGGGACGGACCGCCACGCGCGCAGUCAAAGGGUCCCUAGCUGAGUCCGACUAUUGUGCUGUUGCAACCACUGCAUUAACAUUGGGCUGAGCCCCCCGAUUCAGGGGGGUUUGUAUAUACCAGCCCAAACGAAACCAAACCAAGCCAAAUUAAACUAACGGAGCA